AUGAGUGAAGAAGAUGUGACAACAGACGUCGGAGCUAUAGUAGUAGUUCUAGCUGCUAUAGCGGUCGGAUUGCGCUUCUACUCGCGCUACUUUACAAAGGCUGGCUUCAAAUGGGACGACUGGCUUGUACUGGUGGCACUGGUAGCCACGAUUCUAACCGAUGUGCUAGUACUAUACGCGACCAGCGUGAAUCCGGAUGGCGCCGAGGUGGCAUCUAAUACAGACCCCAACUACCAAUACACACCUGCAGAUGUCGAGUUCACCAAACUGAGUUACAUCGGGACAGUGCUCUACUUUACCAUCACUUCUGCGACUAAAGUAUCUAUUCUACUAAUGUAUAACCGGCUGUUUUCUGUCGACAUCUCGUUUCGUCGUCAAGUCAUCAUCGUUGCUGUGGCUGUAGCAGGCUUCUGGAUUGGAUGCACCGUCGCCGAUCUUCUCAAUUGCAUACCGCUCGAGUGGACAUGGAAUAAUGCGCUUGAUGACCCACGAUACUGCUUCAAUUAUAACAUAUUUUGGCUCACCAGUGGAAUCGUGGAGGCUUGCCUAGAUAUCGUGAUUAUUAUCAUGCCUGUUAGGGUAGUGAUAGGGUUGAAUUUGAAUAAAAGCAAGAAAUUGGCUGUUGCGGGUGUGUUCUUGUUAGGAGUCUUGUAA